AUGUCCGAAGCUGAAACGGGGGAACCUAAUGGAUUCAGAAGUUGUUACGACAAACUUCGGAAAGCUGUUGGAAACAUCCCAAUGGAUGCAUCAAAAUCCACAAAACUUCACAAUUUGUCAAGUAGGAAGAUUUCAGAGAUUCUGCCAAAUCUCUACUUAUCCGGGAGAACUGUGUCUCAGAACAGCGAACUUUUGAAGGAGAAAAAUAUUACGACAGUGAUCAAUGUAUCAGAUCGGGAAGUUGUUAACUACAAGAAUAAUCAAAAGUUCAUCAAAAACUACCGAUUCUAUGCAAUGUCCGACACAGCAAGUGCGAAGUUUGAUGGAAUUAUUGAAGAAGCAGUUCGAAUAAUUCACGAUUCAAGAUCUAAAGAAGAAGGUGUUCUCGUUCAUUGCUUCCUCGGUGUCUCCAGAAGUGCAACUUUAGUCGCAUUCUACCUGAUAUCAGCUCUCUCCAUCAACUGGCGGGACGCAGUUGACUUCAUUCAUCAUAGAAGAUUCUCUGCAAACCCGAAUUUUGGAUUUUUACAUCAGUUGAAAGUCUACUCAACAACGAAAGCUAAAGAAUUUCGAAAUCAACUAAUCAGCGAACGAUGUCUCAGAAUGCGAGAAUCUGAUAAGGAUAUUAUCAAAAAGUAUUUACCACUUGCAGUGUUUGAGCUUUGAAUUUCUUCUAAUUCUUCAUUCCCAUAUUUGUAUUUUAUUGCUUCUUUACCUACAAAUGUACAAUACAACGACCUCUGAUCUUUGGUGCUUUCUUCCAUUUUCCCUGAUCUUCAUGUACAAUUCUUCUUGCCAUUUCCUUGUACUUAUUGCCACUUUCAAAGUUUAAUAAUUAAUUAAAGUUUUUUUUUUUGC